AGAAAAACCCCCAAAUAAUGGAGGAGAAGAUGUGUGGAGAGCUAUUAGAUAGUGCAAUAGAUGGAGGUAUGGAGAAUCCCAAUGUUCAGAAGACAAAAGACGCUGAGUUGUCACUGUUCACACACUUCUCUGUAAACCAAUUAAUUUAUAAUUAAAAAUAAAAAAAGCCUUAUCAAAACCCCUGUUUCACUUCAAUCAUCACACUCUUUCUCUAUCAGAGAGAGCCACGAUUUUCCUCAAAAAUGUCCGAAGACGAUGACCGAUCUCCGCCGCCCGAUCUCUCCUGCGCCUCCAUUUCCGAAUCCUCUACCACCAGGCUCACGAGAAACUGCCAUAGCGUAUCCGGGUCGGGUCAGGGGUCCACUUCCGACUUGCAGUCUCCUUAUCCAGACCAGGUUCUCGAGAACGUUUUAGAGAAUGUGCUCCACUUCCUCACAUGCCGCCGUGACCGCAGCUCAGCGUCGCAGGUGUGUAAAUCUUGGUGCCGUGUGGAGGCCCUGACCCGAUCCGAACUCUUCAUCGGCAAUUGCUAUGCGGUCUCGCCUCGACGGGUUACUUCUCGAUUCACUCAUGUCCGCUCCGUCAUGCUGAAAGGGAGGCCCCGGUUCGCCGAUUUCAAUCUCAUGCCGCUGAACUGGGGGGCCCACUUCGCUCCCUGGGUUAACGCCAUGGUGAAACCGUACCCUUGGCUCGAGAAGCUUCACCUCAAACGCAUGUCUAUCACCGAUGAUGAUCUCGAGCUUCUUGCUGAGUCCUUUAUCCGAUUCAAAGAGCUUGUUCUCGUUUGUUGCGAGGGCUUCGGAACCAGCGGCCUCGCUGUGCUUGUUAGCAAGUGCAGAAAUCUCAAAGUGCUGGAUCUGAUCGAAUCCGAGGUUGCAGAUGAUGAUAGUGACUGGAUAUCGUGUUUUCCAGAGGGUGAAUCUUGCCUUGAAUCACUGAUUUUUGAUUGUGUAGAAUUCCCCGUUAAUUUCGAGGCACUGGAGAGGCUGGUAGCUAGGUCCCCUUCGUUGAAGAAACUUAGGGUGGACCGUCACGUCUCAAUAGGGCAGCUCUACCGCCUGAUGAUUCGAGCUCCACAGCUCACGCAUCUUGGGACGGGCUCAUUCAGCCUAUCAGAUGGUGUGACACCGGCUGAGCAAGAGCCAGAUUAUUUGUCUGCUUUUGCUGCUUGCAAAUCUUUGGUCUGUCUGUCAGGUUUUAGAGACAUAAUUCCGGAUUUCCUUCCCGCUAUCCUUCCUGUUUGUGCAAAUCUCACCUCGCUGAAUUUCAGCUAUGCUAACAUUACCGCAGAGCAACUCAAACCAAUCAUAAGCCAGUGCCACAAACUCCAGACUUUUUGGGUCCUUGAUUCCAUAUGCGAUGAAGGACUUCAGGCGGUGGCUAUGGCAUGUAAAGAACUCCGUGAGCUCCGUGUCUUCCCUAUUAAUGCCCAAGAGGAUAUUGAAGGCCCUGUUUCUGAGGUGGGCCUCCAAGCAAUCUCCGAGGGUUGCAGGAAACUGCGGUACAUUCUAUAUUUUUGCCAGCGGAUGACUAAUGCAGCUGUAAAAGCCAUGUCAAAGAACUGUCCAGAUCUUGUAGUGUUCCGUCUCUGUAUAAUGGGGCGUCACAGACCUGAUCAUGUGACUGGAGAACCUAUGGACGAGGGAUUUGGAGCCAUUGUGAUGAAUUGUAAGAAACUCACUCGUCUUGCUGUAUCGGGAUUGUUAACUGAUACAGCUUUUAGUUAUAUUGGAAAAUAUGGGAAAUUGGUUCGGACUUUGUCAGUUGCUUUUGCUGGAGACAGCGAUAUGGGGCUAAAAUUUGUCAUGGAGGGUUGCCCAAGAUUGCAGAAGCUUGAAAUUAGAGAUAGUCCAUUUGGAGAUGCAGCUCUACGUUCUGGCUUACACCAUUAUUACAAUAUGAGAUUCCUUUGGAUGUCAUCGUGUAGAUUAUCUCGUCAAGGUUGCCAGGAAAUUGCUCGAGCAUUGCCCCGUCUUGUGGUGGAGGUGAUAGGGACUGAACAGGAUAAGGAGAUGGGUGAUUAUGUCGAGACUUUAUACAUGUAUCGCUCCCUAGACGGGCCAAGAGAUGAUGCGCCAAAUAUUGUUACCCUCUUAUAGGUAUCCAAGACGUAGGGGAGGUUGUAUUAGCCGUUCUUACUCCGACUUUUGAUCAGUUGGCGACCUAUUUCACAGCAAAGUCAAACGCAGCGGGUGUGUUUUACAUAGCCCAUGAGAAGGUUUCCAUGUCAAUUAAAAGGGGUUUUGGUGGGUGCGGCUGUUGCAAGCGCAUUCAAAGGAGAAGCUCUGUAAAGAACGACAUUUUUUUCGUGGGACUUGCAAGAGGCGUCCGAUGCAAAUACAAAGAAGGCGGUUGGACUAUUGGAUGUUGUUGUAUCGGUACACUUCUAAAUUUAUGUUUUCUUUUUAAUUUUUAUAUUCAUUUUACCAUAACUAAGGCUACCAGAGGAGAGGGAUGUCUUUAUUGCCACAUCAGGAAAUCAAUUGCCAAUCCAAGUUGCCCCGAGGAAUGGAAUGAAAAGUAACUUGAGAAUCUUUCCUUCCACAGAACAGGGAACCUUUGGGGGGGGGGGGGAUCAAAGGUGAGGGCCUACUGUUCACUCUCCAAAGAAAGAAAGUAGAAAGUAGCCUGUUUUUGAUUCAAAUGGUGGGUUAUUUAGAUUAAGCUGUAGCUGGUGAGAAUGCCUAAACUAGUACAUCUCCUUCUCAGUGUUUGUUUUUUUGUUUCAGAUGUGAUGUUGUAGCACCUGACUGUUGAAUUUAUUGUUGUUAUUGUUAGCAAUGUAAGAUGAUUAAUAAAUGCACAAUAUGCAUAUGCAUAUGCAUGGACCACA